AUGGUCACCCACCUAGCUGAAGGAGUGCUGUUUUUCUCUUUUGGGUCUGCCUGGUUCACGUUCUAUACAAUACAGACAGUUAAGGGGGUAUGCUUUGCCUCAAAUUGCUCUUCAACUGCAUCUCCUGGAUUACUUUCCAAAAACUACGCUCAGAUCGCACAGCACUUUGGUUUGCCAUUUCCAAAGCUUCCAAAUAUUUCUUUCGCGAACGUCGGCAAGCAGUGCAAAGAAACGGUGGAGAAGCUGAGUACUUCUAAACUUGCCUAUCCUUAUUUAGAUGCUAUUGGUAAACCUCAAAGCGGACUUUUUGUUGGGAAUCUUGGUUGGUUAGGAUCCUACAGUGAGUGCACUAAGUCUAUUGUAAAUGCUCAUUAUUGCCUGGCUUUUGUCGCAGUUCCUACCUUUAAUAUCACUGAGGCAACUCCUAUUCGUUGGGGGAUCUGUGCACCCAAACAAUGCAGUGAAGAGGAUGUAACUUAUGCUCUACAAGAUAUCUUUACAGGAUUGAAUAAAGAAUAUAAUCAAACACUGGCAAGGCUAAUCCCAGAACCAGUCGCUUUUGCAGCAAAAGAUUCCCACUCUAAACCUGUUUUCUGUAACAAGAAGUCAGAAUACACAGCAGGAGUAAUCAUGACUUUGAUACUGUGUGGUUUAAUCCUAUUCCUCUGCCUUGUUGGGACGAUUAUCGACAUUGUUGUGAACUUUAGAAAGUCACACUCCUCACCUGUGAACAAAAGUGAUGGAUUCAUGCCAAUCAGAAAUGUUUCCAUAGUAGCUGAUCACAACCAGGCCUCUCACGUCCAAAAUCCAUUGGCAAAGAGUGAUCCUGACAGUGACAAGACAAAUCUACUCCAAUCCUCCCAUGACGUGAACUUUAGUGCAAGUAUAACUUUGUCAAACUUUCACCAGGAGCCAGCUAGACCAAAUGUGGUGGUACAAUUCUUUUUGUGUUUCUCUUUAAUUCAAAACACGAGGCUCAUUAUGGAUACCAAAGUUCCUUCAACUGCCAUAACCUCCAUCAAUGGUAUGAGAGUGCUAAGCAUGUGGUGGGUCAUCCUGGGACAUACGUACUCUAUACAAACAAUGGCAACACCACUCAGUAAUUUGCUGUUAGCCUAUGACAUUAUUCACCGUUUUACAUUUCAAACUGUUGGCAAUGCAACCUUUUCAGUCGACAGUUUCUUUUUCCUAAGUGGUCUCUUAGUUGCUUAUUUGUCACUGCGUCGUAUGGAGAAGAAAAAUGGACAACUUCCGCUCUUCAAGUACUAUUUUCAUCGUUUUUGGAGGUUAACCCCAACUUACAUGUUUGUUUUGCUGUUUUUUCACACAAUGACGGGGUUUCUUGGUGAGGGCCCUUUUUGGUAUGAAGUGCAAACUGAAACACAGUGUAGUAAAUACUGGUGGACAAAUCUGCUGUAUAUCAACAAUUUUUAUCCCACUUCUUUUGCAGCAUCGUGUAUGGGUUGGGCGUGGUACCUAGCUAAUGAUAUGCAGUUCUACAUCAUUGCUCCUGCCAUCCUCUUCACAGCAUACAGAUUUCGCCUGCCAGGACUACUUGCAAUUACUGGUGUGUUGGCUGGUAUCAGUUUUAUCACAACAGCUGUCCUCUAUGCUCAUUAUGACCUCGAUGCUGUAUCUCUAGCGAAUCAGUGCAACUACUGCGACGACACUCACUAUAACAUUUUAACUGUUUCCUCUUGUAAGGUUCACACAUACUUAUUCAAUAUGGCUGGUUGGUGUGUUGCUAUCAUUCUCGCCCUGUCUACUCUGUAUGGUGAAUACAAAGUUCUGAGAAAAGACAAUCCUCAACCAUUCUCUCGUGCUGAGAAUAUCAUAUACGGGACUUUCUCGCGAUGUGCGUGGAGCUUGGCACUAGCCUGGGUGAUUUUUGCUUGUCAUCGCGGGCUCGGAGGUUUGGUAGAUAGGAUCCUGUCUGCUCGUUUCUGGAUUCCACUAAGCCGCCUGACAUACUGUGCUUAUCUUGUGCACAUUAUUGCUCUGAUAGUAUUAAGUGUAUCAUAUGAGACCGUACAAGCCUAUUCUGAUGUCCACACUGCCUUUUGUUUUGUGGGCGUGGUCGCCAUUUCAUACGCAGCAGCCUUCAUUGUGUCUGUGUGUGUGGAAUUUCCCAUGAUGCAACUGGAGAAGCUAAUUUUUAAAAGUGAUCGUUGAAUUUUGACGUCAUACAAGCCACUUUUGACUCAGUUUCUUAUUGUAUCAUAUCAUAACUUUUAGUUUAGUGGUAAGAUAAGAUACCCGUGUAACGCUCUUACUCGUAAUAGCUGGGAAAAGUGUGCUCUCUGUUCUUUACGUAAUAUAUCAAACACGAAAAACCGUGUUUGACUACAUUUUGAAACACCGAGAAGAGAGUAGAAAAUACGACGCGCAGCGGAGUAUUUUUGACGAACUUCAAGGUGUUUGGACAUGUGGUCAAACACUCUGUUGAUUGCUUGAUAUAUCUUCUCGAUCGAAACUAAACCUAAGGAGAAAACGGAGAAACAAAAUCGUAAAAAUUUAUGCUAAUUAAGAUCAGAUAUCCAAACACCGUUAUGAAUUAUUAAUGAGUUUGAGAAGUAAACUUUCACAUUUUAUCUUUACUUUAGGGUUAGGUUAGGGGUAAGGGUAUAGAAUAUAUAAAGUAAAGAAAAGCCUAGCCAUAUAGCGGCUUAAAAACGAAGGAGUGAACGAGCCUAAAGUAUAUUUUACUUCAAGUAGAAAUAACGUGUAAUAUAGUAGUUUAACAAAAGGGCCUCAGUAGAAAUCUAUGAGUGCAUGGUUAGACAUUUGCACUAGUAAAGGAGUGCAACAAGCAUCACUGUCAGGUCAAUACUUUUUCUCAUUUCCAUCAAAGACAUUUAUGUGUUAUAAGAGCUACAAGAGUUUAUCAUUAUUCUAUUUGCAGAUGACACCAAGUUGUUUAGAGCGAUAAAAAUUUUGAUGCGUUUUUAAAUGCCGUAAAUCAGAAUUGAAAGAAAUUACUUUGUGGCUCUCAACAAAGAAAUUAUCAUUGAAGUUAACCCGAAACUCGUUUCAUAGAGUUGGACAAAAAAAAAGAAAAAAAAAGUUACUGAAUAACUUGUCUGAUGAAAUCAAAGAAAUGACAAUAGAACAAGUGAACUAUACCAAAUUUUUAGGUUAAUAUAUUGAUGAUGAACUCUGAUGGAAUACGACAUAAAACAACUUAAAAAUUAAAAAAAUGUUGAAAAAAUCAAGAGAUAUCGGUAGAGCAGGCCACUACCUAUCUCUAAAGAGUGCAGUCAUUGUGAACUGUAAUACCGUGGUAUAGCGUUACUUGAUAUAUUGUAUCAUUACUUGAACCAAUUCGACACGUAUGCAAUCAGUGUUCAAUUAUUAUGACACGGUAUAUAAGUAAGCGAGAAUUAUGACAUUCCUGAAAUUCAGAUUUUUACGUCUCUGAAACUAAUGACCAUAUGAGCUCCACAAGUACAUUAUAGUUCUUUGUAUGUAUUUAUACGUCAAUGAACUUCAAUGAUGACUUACCUUUGAACUUCUACGCAAGUUACAACAAGCCCUCAGUUUUAAACGUUCCUAUUGACUAAUAGAGUACUAUAUUACGGAAAAUUCUCUAUAAGGUACAGAGGGAGCAUAAAUAUGGAAUCAUUUGCCUGAAAGUUUUUAAACUUUGUAAGAUGGCUCUUAAAAAAAAACAUAUAAACUUAUUUUUGUAUACAAAAUAAUUAGACUGAUUUUAAAUGCAGGUUUUAAAAAUGUCUUGAUUCCAAACAAAAGCUUCGUUAUGUUUAUGUUAGCCAUCACAAAAAAAUGUAAUUGAUGUAUUGUUACUUUUUUUGACUGGGACGUCUCUGAAAAGCCCGUUAGGACUUACAGAGAUCUCCAUAUAAGUAUCACAUGUAAUCAGUUAAUAUUUGUAUUGUGAUGGGCUAAAUAGAUGAAGUAAAUAAAUCAUGAAAAAGAUAA